AACAAAUAAACCUCUGCUUUACCUUUGACCCCUCUCUCUCUCUCUCUCUUCUUCUCUCUCUCUCUCUCUCUACACACACACAGAGAAAGAAAGAAAGAAACACAGUGCUUCUCUCUUCCACUGCUAAAGCAACGAAGCUGAGUGAGUUUCUGAUCCUUCAAAAUUUGAGUGGUGCUUAAGUGUAUGUUUGAUUGACGGGGAGUUUGGCAGAAUCACGUUGUGCUACUGUGAUUUUGGUAAAAGCUAUACUUGGAGUUUCAUUAAAAUUGCGGUGCCACGACGAUCAUGUCAAACUUACUGUGAUUUCAAACAUGUACCAAGUCUUUCUUUAAUGGAUUUUUUGUAGAUGACUAUCUGUUGACAUGUUUUUGUGAAACUAAGCACGUUUAUUUAUACUGUGUUGAAAUGGCUGACAGCUUUUUUAUGACAUUGAUGAUUCCUUUGAUAGGUUGUUUGUUAUUUUUGAAGGCACAAAUGGAUGCUAAGACAUUGAUUUGUUCAAUCUGAUCUAUAUUGAAACUCUUUAGUAUUUCUGAUGGACUCGAAAACUAGUUCUAGAUCUUUCUCAAAACAACAGCAGAAGACAUCUGGGAUUCAAACCCCUGAGGCGAAAGACCUCAAGUUUUCUUCACUGUCAAUUCAUAAGACAAGCAAACCUGAGCCGGCUGCUCCUGAAGAUUUGUCUAGGUCUGUACAAAACACAUUGAAGCAGAAUAUCGGGGAUAUUUCUGAAAGCAAGAAGUUUAAUGCUUCAAUCCAAAAAGGUUCUGGCGCUUCCUCAUCCGCUCCUGGCAAAGCAUCCGGAGAAGUGGACUGUGCUGUUAAUGAGAACAUAGGCUCACAGGGAAGCUCUAUUGAUCAAGACAAAAAGACAUGGGAAUAUGGAAGUGUUAAGAACAGUUCGGUUUCCGCCAAAGCUAGCGACGGUGCCAGCAGUCUUGGAAAGACAAGUGGUAGUGCUAAGAUCAGCGAUCGAGCUGAUUUUGUCGAGAGUGGUAAGAGCAGUAUUUGCAGAGGAAGUACAAGCAGCGAUGUGAGCGAUGAGAGUACUUGUAGUAGCUUUAGUAGCAGCGUAAACAAGCCUCACAAGGCGAAUGACAUGAGAUGGGAAGCUAUCCAAGUGGUUAGAACUAGAGAUGGAGCGUUGGGUUUAGGCCACUUUAGACUUUUGAAGAGAUUGGGUUGUGGAGAUAUUGGCAGUGUAUACCUCUCUGAGUUGAGUGGAACUAAAUGUUACUUUGCAAUGAAGGUGAUGGACAAAGGGUCCCUAGCAAGCCGUAAAAAGUUACUUCGUGCUCAGACGGAACGUGAAAUUCUACAGUCACUUGACCACCCGUUUCUCCCAACUUUGUACACGCAUUUUGAGACGGAGAAAUUCUCAUGCUUGGUGAUGGAGUUCUGUCCUGGUGGAGACCUUCAUACGCUUAGGCAGAAACAACCAGGGAAGCACUUUCCUGAGCAGGCAGUAAAAUUUUAUGUAGCCGAGGUCUUACUGGCAAUGGAGUACCUCCACAUGCUUGGGAUUGUAUACCGGGAUCUUAAGCCAGAAAAUGUCCUUGUUAGGGAUGAUGGACAUAUUAUGCUUUCCGACUUUGACCUUUCCCUGCGAUGUGCUGUUAGUCCAACCCUCGUUAAAUCCUCAUCCAUAGAUUCAGAGCCUUUAAGAAAGAAUUCGGUUUACUGUGCUCAGCCUGCGUGUAUUGAACCGCCUUCCUGCAUUCAGCCAUCCUGUGUUGCUCCUACCUCAUGUUUUUCGCCCCGGCUCUUUUCUAGCAAAUCAAAGAAGGACCGUAAACCCAAAACCGAACUCGGCAAUCAAGUUAGUCCUCUGCCUGAGCUCAUUGCAGAGCCUACCGAUGCCCGGUCUAUGUCGUUUGUUGGAACACACGAAUACUUGGCGCCCGAGAUAAUCAAAGGUGAAGGUCAUGGGAGUGCAGUUGAUUGGUGGACUUAUGGAAUCUUUCUAUAUGAGUUGUUGUUUGGCAAAACUCCAUUCAAGGGAUCCGGGAACCGAGCCACACUGUUCAACGUGGUAGGUCAGCCCCUGCGAUUUCCCGAAGCACCUGUUGUGAGCUUUGCAGCAAGGGAUCUUAUAAGGGGUUUGCUCGUAAAGGAACCUCAGCACAGAUUGGCGUAUAAAAGAGGUGCAACCGAAAUCAAGCAACAUCCCUUUUUCGAAGGUGUGAAUUGGGCAUUGAUCCGAUGUGCUACCCCUCCCGAGAUUCCCAAGCCUGUUGAGUUUGAGAAGAUACCUUCACCGGCUCCCUCCUCAGCCGGCGAAAAGGCUGUUGUUAAUAACCACAUGUCAACAGCAUCUAAUCAGAAAGGUUCUGAUAAUUAUCUUGAGUUUGAUUUCUUCUAGAGAUAAGACAAUAUAUAUUGAUUACAAAGAUGGUUUUCUUUUAGAGGGGAAGGGAACUGUUUUUUUCAAUGUUUCAGGAACAGAUAUGAUGAGGAAUUGUAUGUUUGUUUUUGUUGGGUAUUUGCUGUUUCAGAUUUGUAUGGCAUCAUAAUUAAAUGCAUGGCUUCUCUGUCAUCUCAAAGUCAUAAAAAAACAACAUUUCUCCACUGACUGCCAAGCUGGCUUAAUUGUGGUGAAAUGUCAUGAUAGUUAGUGAUGCUCUUUAAGGUAA